GCCCCGGCAGGUGUGGGUCUGUGGCAGGAGGUGGGGAGGAAGGUUAGGCCAGGUCGGGGACCUCAAGGGAUUUCCCCUAAAGCUCCUCUGUUUGGGUGCCUGGGGUCCUUAGGCGCAGCCUCAGAGAAGCCACCCCUCCCUCCUACGCGCGCUCCCCUCUACUCGGCGCGCUCCCGCCUCCGCCUCCCGGGUCUGCAUCCAGCGCGUUCCCUUCUCCCUUGCCCGCAGCCGAGGGGCGGGCCCGCUUCCCCGCGCCGCCGCCCACUUCCCUCGCUUGCCCUUCGCUCGCGGCCCGCCGCUGAGCUCCCACUCGGCCCCACCCCAGGCUACCCAGCGCGGAGCGGCGGGAGGCCGGAGCCCGAGGUGCGGGAUGGACAAGAGGGACAAGACCAGGGCAGGGGCAGCCGGCCGGACCCCCGCUUCUCGCUCUCCCAGCCUUCAGACCCCCCGGCCCCCAGGGUCUCCAAGGCCCCCUCCCCCAGUAACCAGCGCGGCUCUCCGAGUUCUGGGAGCAGCGGGAGCUGCAGGGCGAGGGCCCCUGGCAGAGCGAGCCGGGGACAGCCGGGGAGCAGCUCUCCCGGAGGCUACUCCCCGGGUGGGAUCUACGCGGAGUGCUGGGACAGGCCCCCGGAGCCCAGCCUCCAGGCCCCCAGCGGCUGGGAGAGGGGAACGCACGCCUGCCAAGACCACAGGCCCAGGCUGUAUCUCUAGCCCGGGGAGUGCCAGCGGGCCCACCAGGCAAGGCCCUCUUGGGCAGAAGGGGCUUCGGCUCCCAUCUGAGGAACCCGUGGCCAGAGGAAAAGCCCCAGAAGCUCCCAGAAGGAGUGCCCUGAGUUCCGGGGCACGGAGAGACUCUUCCGAGUCCACCCCAGGCGCCCCCUCCCCAGCCAUCUCCCGUCGGUCACGGGCUGCGGGCACUGAGGUUGGUGUACCUCGGGUAGCUCCGAGUGCCCGGCAGCGGCCCUCGACCGAGGUUUCCAGGAAAUCAGUGAGCAGCGCCCCUGAGCGCAGCACAGCAGAGCCGAGCCCUGCCGCCAGGAGGCGACCCAGCGCCGGCGGGGGCCUCCAGAGGCCAACCUCGCGCCUCCUGGGCUCCAGCGGCACCCCUCUUUCCUCCCCAUCUCGCUCCGGGGCCUCUUCGGCUGGAACACCCCGGACUCUGGGGCAUCCCUCCCAGCCCAAGUCAAAAGGACCGCAGGCUCAGCGUCCCCCGCAGGCCACACCGCCAAGGAAGGGCGCACCUCCUGUGCAGGACCUUUCUCCUCCUUUGGCCACAUCUUUUCUACCCUGUCCUACUGCACCGCCUCCCAGUGUCCCAGAGACUCCCUUGAGGGACUCUCUUCCUCCGUCUCCACCGACCACCCCUCCUCCCCAGGCUCUUAGCUGUCCUUUGGCCACGCCCCCUCCAUUAGCCCCUCCUUCCCCCUCGGCUCCACUGACUUUGCAGGCCCUCCCCUCUCCGCCGGCCACACCCCCCUUGCAAGCUCCGCCCACACACCUGAAUACAUCUUUACCCAAGGCAUCUGCCUCUUCCUUGGCCAUCGCCAAUUUUCUGGCUUCAAAUUCUCCAUCAGUUUCACCCUCUCUGCUGAGUAUGUCCCCCACCCAGGCUUCUUUGGCUUUAACCCCUCUUCCGGCUCUCCCUUCUCCCUUGGCCACACAUCCUUUGUCGAGCCCUCUACCACCAGCCACUGCCCCUCUACAAGCCCCUGUUCCUCAAGCAACAUCUCUGAGGAACCCGCCCUCUCCCCUAGCCACACGCCCUCUGCAGGCACCCUCCCCUCUGACCACGCCCCCUCCGCCGACCAGUCCUUCCGUGUCUCCACCUUCUCUUCAGGCCACACCCUGUACACUGCCUCCCACAAAGGACCCUCCCCUGGCCUUAUCCCCUCUACACGCCUCUCCCUCUCUGACCACACUCUCUCUGCAGGGUUCUCCUUUAGGAGCGCCCUCUCCCUUGGCCACGCCCCCGCUACAGAUCCCACCUCCUCUGGACACGCCCCUUCGACUGGCCACUCCUCCUACACAGAUACCACCUGGGGCCUCACCACCUCUACAGGCCCCUCCAUCCCCACUGGCCGUGCCCCCUCCACACACUCCACCUCUGACCACGCCCCCUCUACCACCCUCUCCCUCUCAGAUCCUGCCCACUUUGCAGGCUCCACCUUCUCUGGGCUUGCCCCCUCUGCAGGCCCCUCCCUCUCCCCCUACUUCACCCCUUCUGCAAGACCCUCUCUCUCCCCUGGCCGCAUCUCCUCUGCAAGCUCCACCUUCUUUGGCCUCGCCCCCUCUUCAGGCCCCUCCCACUCUUGAUUCACUCCCUCUGCAAGACCCUCCUUCUCUGGCCACGCCCCCUCUGCAGGUUCCACCUUCCCUGGCCUUGCCCUCUUUGCAGGCCUCUCCCUCUCCCCCUGCCUCACCCCCUCCGCAGGCCCCACGCCGACCCCCGACCCCAGGUCCCGAUGCCCCAAUCCCGGGCCCAAGGCUGACCCUGGCGCUGGCCCCCGGCCCGCCGCCGCCGCCUUCGCGCAGCCCGUCCAGUACGCUAAGCGGCCCGGACCUCGCGGGCCACAGCAGCAGCGCCACGAGCACGCCCGAGGAGCUGCGCGGCUACGACAGCGGGCCCGAGGACGGCGCCCCGGCCUCCCCUCCCGCCGAUGCGGAACUCGCCGCCUGCCACCCGGCGGUCUGGAUCCGAGGUUCUGCUCCGCCGCUGGCCAUCCGCGGCACCCCGGGAGCGCCCCUGCCUUGGUCUCCUGCUGCCGGGUCUAGCUCUGCUGACGGCCUGUGCACCAUUUACGAGGCUGAAGGGCCUGAAUCGGCGACCCCCGCCACAGGCGCUCUGGAUCCAGGGCCUGGGCCUGGCGCGGGAGGUGGGAAGGCGUCGGCUGGGGCUGGAGCUGGAGCAGCCUCGCGGGGCGCGAAGCCGGCGCGCCUGGGCGAGUUGCCGCUGGGGGCGCUGCAGGCGAGUGUAGUGCAGCACUUGCUGAGCCGGACGCUGCUGCUAGCUGCCGCAGAGGGUGCCGCGGGCGGCAGCAGCGGUGGCCCAGGGGGUGCGGGGGGUGGCGGCAGCACGGGGGGCGCCCGCACUGCGCUCAGCGACGCCGAACUAGGCCGCUGGGCCGAACUAUUGUCUCCCCUGGACGAGUCCCGCGCCAGCAUCACGUCGGUCACCAGCUUCUCCCCAGACGACGUGGCCUCUCCGCAGGGUGACUGGACUGUGGUAGAGGUGGAGACCUUCCACUGAGCCAGACCCUCAGGUUACACCUCUUUGUCUUAGAUCUCUCCCUCUCCUCUCUUGGAGUCCCCCUCCCAGUGGAUUGGUCUCAGCCCGCUAGAGCCCUAGAAUUUUGGUCCACCCUUGCGACUCACCCACAUCUUUGGCCAAAAGCCCUCCCCUCAAGCCCUGCCCCUCCCUCGGCCUAGGCCCUACGGGUGUCCAGUGUUUUGUCUACCACGCGCAGCCCUAGUUUCCAAUAAAGCUGGAAAACUGAA